CGUGGUCGGCUGUAAGGCUCGAGCCGAUGAGCCUCGGAAUGAAGCUCUCAGCCCCGUCUGAGGCACGAGCUGGUUAGUGCGUGGCAUUCCUUCCUUUUAGGACUGCAGCUGCGCGUUUAUAAAUAUUGAUAACGUCCGACUGCUGGCGGGCAGGUUAGGCUCCUGUGCUUCAGCACCCCCAUCAUUGGACAGAUCCUCUUUGUAGAUGCCGGGGAUUGUGCUUCUGCUGCCGCUCCCUACCUGUAUGACACCGUUCCAGUGAAGUGUGUGCAGCAGAUGAAGCUGCUCUUCUAGAGGAUCUAUGCUGCCGGUUAUUCCCACUGACAAGGUGUGUGGGCUUGCUUGCUGCUGGGGUGCAGAUUCUGCGCGGGUUUGGAAGCAAGGUGCACCUGCUUGUCCGCCGGUGGUUUUCCCUGCGAUGGCUGAGGGUGGAGGGCGAAGGGGUAAGUCCCUAUUGGAGGCGGCCCGCAGCCGCUAUGAGAGCCUGCAGAUCUCGGACGAUGUAUUUGGGGAGUCUGGAGAGGAUGACAGCAGCGGUAACCCCUUCUAUAGUACCUCGGCUGAGUCUGAAAAUAUCUGUGGGUCUUCAGAUAGUGACGAAGAUGAGUCGACAGUCCUUGCUGACGGACCUUCCCAGCUAACGAGGGAGAAAUCACCUGAAACGCACUCGCCCCUAGACAGUCAGAGCCAAGACGAGGAGGAAGGCUGGAGCAGUCUUCUUCGAGAGGUCCCCUUGCCAGUAUUCCUGGACACUAGUGGGCCAACAAGAAAAAUGCCAGCAUCUGCUAGUGCCAUAGACUUUUUCCAACUUUUUGUCGCUGACAAUGUGAUUAUGAACAUGGUAACCCAAACCAACAUGUACGCCAAAAAAUUUCAAGAGAAGUUUGGAGUAGAGGAAGGCUGGACUGACGUUACUCUACCAGAAAUGAAAGCUUUCUUGGGUUAUGUGAUCUCAACCAGCAGUCACCACUGUGAGUCUGUUCUCAGCAUUUGGAGCAGUGGAUUUUACAGCAACAAGAGCAUAGCUUUAAUCAUGCCACAAGCCAGGUUUGAAAAAAUCUUGAAGUACUUCCAUAUCGUGGCCUUCCGUUCCAGCCAAACAAGCAAUGGCUUAUACAAGAUUCAACCAUUUUUAGACUCGUUACAGCAUUCAUUUGACUGUACAUUCAAGCCUUCCCAAACACAGGUGUUACAUGAACCACUAAUAGAUGAAGAUCCUGUUUUUAUUGCCACCUGCACAGAGCGUGAAUUACGCAAAAGAAAGAAACGGAAAUUCAGUUUAUGGGUUAGGCAGUGUACUUCUACAGGUUUCAUUUGCCAGAUUCACAUCCAUUUGAAAGAGGGGCAAGGUAUAGAUGGACUGGACACACUGAAGAACAAACCACAGUUACAUAGCAUCGUGGCCAAAAAUCUUUGUCAGAAUUCUUCUGGGAAGAAUUAUAUAAUUUUUACAGGGCCCAGUAUUACCAGCCUGAACCUCUUUGAAGAGUUUGAAAAGCAAGGGAUUUACUUCUGUGGAUUGCUUAGUACUAGAAAGAGUGACUGCACAGGUCUGCCACCAUCUAUGUUAAAUAAUUCUGACUGUCCACCGUCACGAGGGCAGUACAGAAUAAAAAUGAAAGGAAGCAUGUCCUUAAUCUGCUGGUAUAACAAAGGCCAUUUCCGUUUUCUGACCAAUGCCUAUUCUCCUACGCAAACAGGAGUUAUAAUUAAGAGAAAAAGCGGAGAAAUUCCAUGCCCUUUGGCUGUAGAGGCGUUUGCUGCUCAUCUGAGCUACAUCUGCAAGUAUGAUGACAAAUAUAGCAAAUAUUUUAUUUCCCACAAACCAAACAAGACCUGGCAGCAAGUUUUCUGGUUUGUUAUCAGCAUUGCAAUCAACAAUGCCUAUAUAUUAUACAAGAUGUCUGAUGCGUAUCAGGUGAAGCGAUACAGUCGAGCACAGUUUGGAGAAAGACUUGUGCGUGAGCUUUUAGGUUUGAAUGAACCUUCAACUACCCAUUGAUGCAUCAGUCUUGAAAGUAUAAUAAGACAGGAGAAGAAAAGAACACGGGGACCGUAGCUCUAAAAGCCAAACAAAGUUUCUCAGCCUCGGUAUGUUUUCCCAGCGUUCUAGAAAGAAUAAAAAUAUUUAGUUACAGGAGCACGUCUUUCUUUUGGAAUAAUGACUUACAAUUUAUCCAGUCACUGACCAUCGUCUUCAGAGAAACUGUACUGCCACCAUGAUUACAGAAGAUUGACCAGGUGAAAAGAAUGACGUUGUAUGAAUAUAACUAUGUAUGUCCUAAAGGGGAAAAACAAUCUUCUCUUACUGAUUACAUGUGCAGUAAAAACAGAGCAUACAUUUAACAAACAACAAAUAAAAUGUCAGGCAAGAAUGACACAUGUUAUGUUUGCAUUAACAGGAUUUAUCUGAUGCAAUGUGCACCAUGUGAAAUGCCCUAUCAAUACCAUUAAACCAGGUCUAAAUCAGAAACUUAAGAGAUUCACUUUACAUUGUUUUUCCUGCUUAGUUUUAUUAUUGGAGCUAUAAAAAAUAUUCAUUCAUCAGACAUAAACAUGUACAGCAUAUAAUAUAGACUUUUGGGUUGUUAUUCUUAGUUUCUGCUUAUCACAUAAAUGAAGAAAGUAGUUAAAUCAUAUUUUACAUUUUUGAUCUUCUUUAAUAGCAAGAGUCUUUUUUUCUCAGUGCCUAGUAUUUUAGGCACAUUUUCAGAUACAAAACUGGUAUGUGGUGUUGAUAUUUUAUUUUUACAGUUGUGUAAAAUGGACCUUGAAUAUGUUGGUGAAAGAGUUUUAACCAUGGAAUGUGCGUGCAUACUCCAAGCAUCCUCUAAAUUAGUGGACCCAAAAACAGAACGUAUAAUUGCAAGCAGUUGCAUGUUAUGAUGUUUGUGUUUUUAGUGGAAAUGAUUCAACCAAAUGAAGACAAAAAUUGUGAGUUAGAAUGAGUCAUGGGAUACAUGGCUAGGCUCAAAAAGGCCCUUUUGGUCAUUAGCCUAGUAAACACCUAUGAACCUAAAAGGUUUGUCCACAAACUCACAAAGGGAAACAUACGUCGUUGUGCCUUUACUGCCACAACCCCCAGACAGAGCUGUACCUCUUGAUUGUACUGCACUCUGACAUUGCUGCAUUUUAGCCAGAGGGAAACAAUAAGUAAUGCCUGCUUGCAUAAUGUGCCAUGCCACGCCACGGGAUUACCUUUGUUAUAUUCCUCUAAGGUCCAUACUGCAAAUUAUUUGUAAAUGUCGACAAGUACCAAUGGCAUGGUCAUUACAGAAAACCUUAUGAAAACCAAUGAUAACAAUGCACUGAAAUUAUUAGUAAUGAUCUAGUUUGGUUUGGAUUAAUCAACUUUUCUACUGUUGUAGUUGUAAACAUAAAUAUGAAAUAUGUACUCAUACAAGGGAUAACACACUGGUGACAGUAUAGUUCUGUUCUUACUGUUUUAAGAUUUCUAGAUUGAAAAUAGGAAUCAAGAAGGAACCAUUGAAAGAAAUAGUGAUUGAGUCUGGAUGCUACGGUAGUUUUUGCCUUUUUCAAUGUUUCUAUUUUUCCAAAACAUUUUGUUACAAAACAGCAAAAAGCUGCAUUGUAAAAACCAAGUAGAAUUCAAUAGAAAAGGUGUGAUGGGCACAUUGUCCCUGCAUAUGCACCACUGUUGAACUACCUGUGUUCUAACUGCAAAGGAUCUCAUGAUAUCGCAAAGGCAGCAUAGUGUAUGCCCACAUUUAUGACAGCUAACUAAAUUUCAUUUAAAAAUAUGUUUGAGUACUUGUUUGUAUUACCUGUAUUCAGUCCACUGACAUAAAUUAUCAUUGCUAAGUAAUAAAUAGAAUGCAGAUUAAUCUGACCAUCAGAAGGCUGAUUGAUAUAUUAAAUUGGAGAUUUAUUAAUUAAGCAAACUGCUGACAAAAAGUCUGCGCUGUUUUUAUUCCAUUAUUUUGUUUUAUAAAAUUAAAUCAUUAUUCGUUUUUGUCAAACAUUCUGCUAGGUACCGACACAAAAUAAAAUUGUGUGUUUACAGUUA